AUGAGCGACGGUGACAACUAUUCUGCAUCAGUGAUUGUUGCUACUAAUGCCCUCCGUGAAGCCAUUAAUGGACAUAAAGCAGAAGUUAGUUGUGGCAAAGGGUGUCUUGUCUCUUGUUAUUCUUUAGACAAAUGUUCUCACAAGGUUCUCAAUGGAGACGAGUGUCGGAAGCUAAUUCGCCUUGAUAUGGCCGCACUUCAUUCAACUCAGACAUUACCUGGCUGUUUGCCUCUAUAUGUUGAUAUGCCUGUCAUCCUGUGCCUUCGUAAUUUGUCGACGGAUCUUGGUAUAACAAAUGGGUCGCAAGGUUUUGUGCGCAAGAUUUUGACAGAGAAUUGUCCUAAUGGGCUGCCAUACGCAACCUGUGUAAUUGUGCAUUUUCCAUUGUCUAAAGUGCAGCUGAGUGACCUUGCGCCAGGAGACUUCCCCAUCACACCGGUUAGUUGGAUGUUCACGACUCUACUCCAAGGUUCAGAUGGCGCCUUGGAAAAAUUGCCAAUCAUGUUGAGAGGUGAUCCGUCAGAGCACCGAGCCGGUUCCAGAUAA